AUGUUUUGCGCCCUCAAUGGACAACAUUAUGCACUCGCCUGCUUUCAUGUUGGUUGUGCAACUGAUGAAAACCGUUUAAACGCCGCAUUCAAUAAAGUAGAAGAUGUUCAGAUGAUGCGCAAUUCACUUCAAGCUUAUGAAAGUUAUGCAAAGAAACAGCAAUAUUAUUUUACACAAGGCAAUACAGAGAACGACAAUAAGCCCAUCUUAUUUGGAGACGAUGGAACAGACUGCACGCGUCUUGGUGGUUUUGACAAUUAUCAUUUUGACAACGAAUGCAUUUUGUCUCUAAAAGUUUUGCAUGGCGUUAAAAUUGAUUGCAAAAUAGCGGAUACAACUUCUCCUGAUUGGGAUAGUAUAUGGGAUGAAUUGUAUGAGAGUGAUAGUAAUCCAGUGGAAGUGGAGAAAACCGGUUUUUCAUCGGCGUUAACCCGUGGCUAUAUUGUUCCUUGUGAUUUUAGUUAA